AAAUCACAUCUCGGGUGGGCGGAGGGAACGUGGAAGUAUUAGCACUCGCGCUAUCUGCAGCGUGGUCGGGUGCUAGCUGUGGGAGUCGGAGGUUUGGCCAGUUCUGUGCAGUUUCUGGUGCUGGAGAGAGAGACGGGGGAAAGUAGGGGCUCUUUCUUGCAGAUUUGAAAACUUCUCUACUACAUCAAGAUCAAAAAUGUCUGCCAAUGAGAACGCUGGUGGGACAGCUGCCCGUCUGAACAGAUUCAAAAAUAAGGGAAAGGAUUCCAGUGAAAUGCGGCGGCGGCGGAUGGAAGUCAAUGUGGAACUGAGGAAAGCUAAGAAAGAUGAUCAGAUGCUUAAAAGAAGAAAUGUUGGCACUUUUCCUGAUGAUGCCACUUCACCUCUACAAGAGAACAACCGGAACAAUCAGGCCACUGUCCACUGGUCUGUUGACGACAUUGUUAAAGGCAUCAACAGCAAUAAUGUGGAAUUCCAGCUGCAGGCCACCCAGGCUGCCAGGAAACUCCUAUCCCGAGAAAAGCAGCCCCCUAUAGACCAAAUAAUCAGAGCUGGCUUGAUCUCAAAGCUUGUGUCCUUCUUGGGAAGAACAGAUUGCAGCCCUAUUCAGUUUGAAUCUGCUUGGGCGCUGACCAACAUUGCCUCUGGCACUUCUGAACAGACAAAAGCUGUAGUAGAUGGUGGAGCAAUACCUGCCUUUAUUUCCUUGCUGGCUUCUCCUCAUAUUCACAUCAGUGAACAGGCUGUGUGGGCUUUAGGAAAUAUUGCAGGUGAUGGUUCUGCUUACAGAGACUUAGUCAUUAAAUAUGGUGCACUUGAUCCGCUUUUGGCUUUGCUUGCUGUUCCUGAUCUCUCUUCUAUAGCUCUUGGCUAUCUGCGCAAUGUAACCUGGACCCUGUCAAACCUGUGUCGUAACAAGAACCCUGCACCACCCAUAGAAGCUAUUGAGCAGAUCCUUCCUACUUUGGUUCGCUUACUGCAUCACCAUGACCAUGAAGUUUUGGCAGACACAUGCUGGGCUAUUUCCUACUUGACUGAUGGCUCGAAUGACAGAAUUGAAAUAGUGGUAAAAACAGGACUGGUGCCACAGCUAGUGAAGCUGCUGGGUUGUGGAGAAAUUCCAAUAAUGACACCUUCGUUAAGAGCCAUAGGAAACAUUGUUACAGGGACUGACGACCAAACUCAGGCUGUAAUAGAUUCUGGAGCACUCGCUGUCUUCCCAAGCCUGCUUACUCACCACAAAAACAACAUCCAGAAAGAAGCAGCAUGGACCAUGUCUAACAUCACUGCAGGCCGGCAGGACCAAAUUCAGAAGGUUGUGGAUCAUGGGCUCAUCCUGUAUCUUGUUGGCAUCUUGAAAAAGGGAGACUUCAAAUCUCAAAAAGAAGCUGUAUGGGCUAUAACCAACUACACAAGUGGUGGAACAAUUGGCCAGAUCAUAUACCUUGUUCAGACUGGUGUGAUGGAGCCACUGUUGAACCUGCUGGUCGUUAAAGAUAGCAAGACUGUCCUAGUGAUUCUUGAUGCUAUUAAUAAUAUCUUUGUGGCUGCUGAGAAAAUAGGUGAGACUGAAAAGCUUUGCAUCAUGAUUGAAGAGUGUGGCGGCUUAGACAAAAUUGAAGCUCUACAAUCCCAUGAAAAUGAGCAAGUUUACAAGUCUGCUUCAAAUCUAAUUGAGAAGUAUUUCUCAGCAGAGGAAGAAGAAGACGAGAGCGUUGUUCCAGACUCUAGUACUGAUGCAUAUACUUUUCAGAUUCAAGACAGUACCAAUGCCUUCAACUUCUAGAUCUUCUAUAUUACACAGCAUCCAACCUCCAGUCUGUCUUGUCUGUCUCCAUCUUUUUACUGCCUCUUUUCUAUGUGAAAUGUGAAGUAGCACUUUGUUGCAACUGAAAACUACUUGAACAGUUCACAGCAGGGGGGUAUGCCCUGUGAACUGAUUACCUGUCUUCCUGUACUUGUUUUUUUGUAUAAAUGUAAAUUCUCCAGUUCCGCAUCUCUGAACUAGCCUUCACUACCUGGCCUACUAAAUGCACACACUGGCGUGCAGAGCAAUGAUGUAGUAACAUCCUGGUGACAGCCAUCUCAAAGGAGUCCCUGCCCCUGAGAGCUCACUUGGCUGUCAAGACAAAGCCUCCAAACUGGUUUUAAAGAGUACUUAUUCAAACUUAAUAAACUGGCAUCUGAAUUAUA